AUGGCUACCAAGGGUGGCCUUCUCGCCUCAGAGUCUCCUUGCAAGGACUUUGCACAGCGAUCGAGAAUCCGCCGCUUGCGACGGUGGCGGCGACUUCUUUGGACCCUUCUCUUCAUAGGAGUGUUUGUGGCCCUGAUUCAUGGCGAACCCAAAAUCAAUAUUGUUCCUUAUCCACGGUAUUUAACCGAAUCAGAUCUAUAUAAUGAAGUCGCCUCGGAAAGCAGGAGAAAUCACCGGUGGAAUCCAGUCUCUGGUCAGCAGGGAGAUAUUGUUAUCCAGAACGCUACUCUCUUUGAUGGAGAGUCCACCCGUGAUGGGACAUUCGAUAUUCAUUUUUCGUCUGGAGUGAUCAGAUCGGUGUCUCCCACUCGCUUGGAACAUCCCACUCCAGAGGGUGCUCAUAUUAUCAACGUGCACGGGAGAUUCAUUACUCCUGGGCUGGUGGACAUGCAUUCCCACCAUCUGUUGCUUCCAUUUCCUCAGCUCCCAGCGACUAAUGAUGUCAAUGAGCGGCCGUUGCUAGGCCCUAUCACCCCUUAUGUGCGCGCCAUAGAUGGCUUCAAGCCAUAUGAUCCUGCAAUUAGAAUUAUCGCUUCUGGGGGUGUCACUUCAUCGCUUGUUCUACCUGGUUCGGCAAAUAUCGUCGGAGGUGAGGCAUACAUGGUUAAGAACCUGCCACUAUCUGGAGAAUCUGGCGAGCCCAUAGUGGAGGAGUUACUAUUAGAAUACGGUCUUCCCGAAAAUGCUCGGCAGCGAUACCUCAAAAUGGCCUGUGGCGAGAACCCGAAGGGAGUGUAUGGAAACACUAGGCUUGGUCUCACCUGGCUUUUGCGCAAACAUCUGGAAGAAGCACGGGAUUUACAUGAACGGCAGUCUGCCUGGUGCCGAGCGGCAUUUGAUGUGCAGGAGAGCAGCUUCGCCAAAACACAUCAUAUAAGAACCUUAAUCAGAAGCCAUGGAAAGCGGCCGGAGUCUUUUGAACUUGAAACGUUAGUCGCACUUAUCAGAGGGGAGCUCAAUGUGAAUGUACAUUGCUACGAGCCCGAGGACCUCGAGCGCAUGCUCGCUGUGCUCCAUGAGUUUGGAGUUCAUCCGCAGGCUUUCCAUCAUGCACUGGAGGCAUGGCAAGUUCCAGAACUUUUGAAGCACCUUGAAGAAAACAUUACUAUCGCCACAUUUGCAGAAAAUGCUCUGUUCAAGGCUGAGGCAUAUGGUGCAAAUCUGAGAGGGCCGAAAGUUCUGGACGAUCAUGGCGUCAAGGUUGCCCUAAAAUCCGAUCACACUGGCGAGGAGAAUUAUGCAAAGUAUCUGAUGUACCAAGCAGCAGUUUCUCAUUCAUUUGGGCUCUCGGAAGACAAGUCUCUACAAGCAGUUACAUCUAUCCCUGCUCGGUCGGUCCAGCAAGACCACAGAAUUGGAUAUGUUCGCCCCGGAUACGAUGCAGAUCUAGUUUUAUGGGACGAUCAUCCGUUACAGGUCGGAGCGACACCCCUCGAGGUCUUCAUCGAUGGUCGUUCCGUUUUGGACAGCAAUGACCACCUAGAAUGUCUUCUCCACAACUCCAGCUCUGUAGAAUCUCCAGGUGCCCCAGCGCCUCGACCUUCAAUUUUGGAACAGCAGAAGGAGGACAUAUGCUCCAGUGUCCAUAGCUCUCCAUCGAAGCUACUGUUUACGGGCAUCAAGAAGGUCCUAGUCGAUACUCCCACCCCCCUCGAAAAUACAAGAGAUGUUGUUUUGCUUCUUCAAGACGGUAAAGCCGUAUGCCUGGAUAAGAGAUCCACCUGUCUGUCCACCAAAUAUAACGAACAGAAUGUUACCGAAAUCAACCUGAACCACGGCUAUAUUACUCCGGGUCUCGUCGCCUUUGGAAAUAACCUCGGCAUCCAAGAUAUCCCAUCCGAGGAGUCUACUGGCGAUGGCUUAACUGGCAAGAGCACAGAUGUCCUGGAUGAGCAAAGGAGCCUCCAUUUCGCAAAGUACGGUCUACAUCUCCAUGGCAGGGCAUCUACCAGAGCCAGAAUUGGAGGUGUCACAAAGGCCAUUACUGCCCCCCGCUCUAAUGGAGGCAUUGUCCAGGGAGUCAGUGUUGGGAUACGUACAAGUGAAACAGCCACAAUUCUUGACAAUGGGAUCUGGAAGGAUGACAUUGCACUCCAUCUGACAGUUGGACAAUCAGCUAAAGGUGACGACACACCCACUGUUGCGUCAGGAGUGGAACGUCUGCGUCAAAUACUACAGGCGGGUAAAGAAGUUAGUCCAGGAAGUGCCAGUAUAUAUGUACAGGCUGCCAAUGGCUCGAUCCCCGUAGUGGUUCGAGCAUACAACGAGGAUGAUAUUUCGCAGUUAAUUCUCAUCAAGCGGGAUUUCCCUUCAGUAAAUCUUGUCAUUCACGGGGCCCAUGGCGCAGUCUCAGUUGCUGAGCACCUCGCCCAAGCAAACAUACCCGUCAUUCUAACUGGGAAUCGCGGUGCGCCUACUAACUGGGAAAAGAAAAAUGUUCUCACGGGACCGCCAUUAACUGAGAGCCCAGCAAAGAUCUUGAUCGAUGCCGGCGUGCUGAUUGGUUUAGCCGUAAGCAGCGAUUCUAAAGUCCAUGGCCUAGCACAGGAGGCACAUUGGGCCGGUAAGUUCGCAGGACUGAGUGAUAAGGAAGCCAUUGCCCUCGGGACUGGUACUGGCGGUGAGAAGGCACAAGGUUACACCGGUGAUUUUGUCGUGUGGGAAGGUGAUCCUUUGAGAGGAGAGGGUUCAGUUGUUGUGUCUGUUCAGGAUGGUGGGGAAAUUGCUGACUGCUGGCCAGAUACUAGUAAUGCUAUUCUGUGA